GCAUGCGCCCGAGCGCUUUAAACGCCGCUAGUGGAGAGCCCGACCCGCGGACUGCUGCAGUCUGGAGCCGCGCGGAAAGACUGCACACCUCAUUUAUUUCAUAACGCCUAGGUGGCGAGCCCGAAUUGGCGCUUUCUUUGAUUUGUCCUCAUUCAUCGUCCUCAAACUGGUUUAUUCAUCUUAUUCGUGCCAUGGCCAACAAAGAGGAGAAAGCUGACGAGAAACAGUCGAGUUGGAAAGAUUUUAUCUACAACCCUCGGACUGGGGAAUUCAUCGGGCGCACCGCGAGCAGCUGGGCUCUUAUAUUCCUCUUUUAUCUGGUCUUCUAUGGCUUCCUGGCGGGAAUGUUCAGUCUCACCAUGUGGGUGAUGCUGCAGACGCUGGAUGAGCACACUCCCACAUACAGGGACCGAGUGGCCAAUCCAGGGCUGAUGAUCAGGCCGAAGUCCUUGGAAAUUAAAUUUAACCGAUCGAUUCCCCAGCAAUACAUCAAGUAUGUGCAGCACCUGGAGUCGUUCCUGCAGCCGUACAAUGACUCUCUGCAGGAGGCGAACGAGCCCUGUCCCGAUGGUAUGUACUUUGAGCAAGACAAUGUUGAGGAGAAGAAGGCUUGCCAGUUCAAGAGAAGUGAGCUACGACAGUGCUCUGGACUGGCUGAUAGCAAUUUUGGUUAUUCCGAGGGUCAGCCAUGCAUCCUAGUCAAGAUGAACCGAGUGAUUGGGCUUAGGCCACGAGGAGACCCACAUAUCAACUGCAUAGUCAAGAGAGAAACUCCCCUGCAGAUGCAGUAUUUCCCCACUGAGGGCAAACUCGACAAGAGUUACUUCCCCUAUUAUGGCAAGACAUUGCAUGCAAACUACGUCCAGCCGGUUGUAGCCGUGAAGCUGCUGCUGGCCGAGGACGACUAUAACUCUGAGCUCACCAUCGAGUGCAAGGUGGAGGGUUCGGACCUGCUCAACAGCGACGACCGCGACAAGUUCCUGGGCCGCGUCAUUUUCCGUGUCAAAGUGUCCAAGUAGCCUAGAUCAUUCCCCGGAGACGCACGAUGUCAGUUCCUCUCACGCAAACCCUUCUCAUGUUCAUCACGCCCAUAUCACACACCUUGUCCCCUAUGUGACGUCCUACCAGUUCAGUCAGGGCCUUUACGUGUCAAGCGCAGUACAAAUGCUCUUUUAGGUUGAAGUUCAAAACUCGUCCUGGAUUAAAAUGUAGUUGGAUGCACACAGACCUUCACUGGCCCUGCGUUACGGACAGGUUGAUUCACCCAUUUAUCAUAAAACAAGCCAAUGGAAAUAAAAUGUCAAGGUAAAGAGAAGACGCAUACUUUCUCCUCCGAUGCCUCCUCAUACGAGAGAAGCUCUUGUCAUCGUGUAGUCAGUAUAGGGACCUGUAAAUAGAUGCAUCAACACAUCAUGUGGAUGUGGUCUGCUCCCCUCAUAGUACUGUUUAGCCUGCCAUGUGUGUGCGUGUGAUGUGAAGCCUCUGUGUACAUAUUUAAUGGAUUUUAAACACUCUUUUUCUCUGUCAUUGCUCUCACAUCGUCUGACUGCUGUAAGAAAUCAAGAGUAUGAAAUUAUAUAAUAGCUGUAAUUUAAGAUUAUUGAGAAAUGAAAAAAAUAAAAAAAUAAAGAGGAGGGUUGGGAGGGGGAACCGCCAAAAAACACCUAAAUCAAACCUGGUUUGAAACCCGUCCACCAUCUGAGGGAAAGGAUUUUUUAAACCUCUGCAGAAACUGUUCUUUGUGCAGAUGCCUUACGAUCUGUAUGAGUUCAAAAAUCUUGAAAUAAAAGUGAUUUUAAAC